UAGGAUCUCCAAGGACUAUAAAUAGUAUUAGUAUACGCUAUAAUACUGAUUCGAAGGAAUUUACCGCAAUUUCACUGGGCGGAAGAUCAGUAAAACCGGUUAACAAUUCAUCACCAAUGGCACUGCCGUCAUCCAGAACCAUUUCCAUCUCCUCACAAGCCCUGGCCGACAUCACCCCUCUUGUCAACUCCGUAACUUCCCUUCUCCAAACUCUAAACCCACAAACCCCCAACGCCAAAAACCUCAGUUCGGCACCUCUAAACCGCUUCUCACCUUUCCUAGACCCAAAAUUCGUCACCCAAGUAAUCAACAAACAAACUAACCCUUACCAUGCUCUCUUCUUCUUCAACUGGGCAUCAAAACCAAACCCAAAUCCUAAAAACUAUACCCACAAUAACAAAUGUUAUGAAGCCAUCACAAAUCUCCUUCUCUACCAUUCCCUAUUCUCCCCUGCCAUCCAACUCCUUAAAGAAUCUCAAAAGCUCUCUGAUUUCUUCAUUGGCAAAAUCAUCAAGGCCUAUGGGGAAAAAGGUAAUAUCAAAGCUGCUAUCUUUUGGUUUAACCAGGCAAAAACCUUUGGGAAAAAUAACUGCCUGUUUUCAUUUAAUGCAGUUCUGGGUGUUUUAGUUAAGGAUAAUAAGAUAAAUUUAGUUAAGACCUUGUUUGAUAAUGUUGUGAAGAAAGGUUUUGUUCAACCUGAUGUGUCUUCCUAUACUACAUUGAUUAGGGGUUUGUGUAAAGUGGGUAUGGUUGAAAGUGCAAAAAAGGUGUUUGAUGAAAUGAGUUGCAAGCCAAAUUUGCUUACUUUUAAUACUAUGAUUAAUGGGUUUUGUAAGAAGGGUGAUCUGGAGAGUGCAACUUUGCUUUUCUAUAAGAUGAUGGCUGAGAUGGAUUGCUUGCCAGAUACAGUAACUUACACUACUUUGAUUGAUGGGUAUUGCAAAAAAGGAAAAUUUGAAGAGGCGAUGAAGUAUAUGGACAAGAUGGUGAAAGGGGGUUGCUUUCCCAGUGUGUUGACUUAUAAUGCUAUUAUAUAUUCUUUGUGUCUUAGAGGGGAAGUUGAUGAGGCAAAGAAGAUGAUGUCCAAGAUGAGAUUGAAUGGAGUGAAAGAUAAUACUGCAACUCAUUUGAGUAUACUGAAAGGGCUUUCUGUUGCGGGGAGGUCUAAAGAAGCCAUUGAAUAUUUUAGAUGGAUGGUCAGUUGUAUUAUGGAUUUGGAUGUUAAAGCAUAUAUAGUUGUUGUGAAUGAAUAUUGCAAAUUGAGGAAACUUGAUGAAGCAAUUUUGCUUCCGAAGGGAAUGCGUGGAAGAGGCAUUAAUCCGAAUGUUUCUAGUUUCAAUUCAGUGUUUAGGGUUCUCGUGGAGUUAAGAGAGCUUGAUAGAGCUGUUUUGCUUCUAAAACAGAUGCCACAAAUUGGUUCCUCACCAAAUUUCUUGUCAUAUAGAACCGUGAUAUGCAGUCUUUGUAGGGCUGAAGGUCGGAUGCGAGGGGUUGAAUACCUUGUCAACAACAUGCUUCGAAAUGGUAUUCUUAUCGAUGCCACUAUGUACGGUUGCAUACUUGAGGGAUAUAGUAGGGAUGGAAAUGAAGAAAUGGCAGUACAAGUUUUUAAUGAAAUGAUUGGCAACAGUUAUGUCAUCAGUUUGGAGAGCUUCUCAAUUUUUGUCAAAAUGUUGUGCGGAAGAGGGAUGACUGUUAAGGCUGAAAAAUUUUUUGAGGACAUUUGUAGGACAUGCCCUGUAGUUGAAAGGGGUAGUUAUAGAAGAGUCUUAGAUGAGCAUCUGGAAAUUACCCAAGGCUCAAGCAAGGAACAUGGAGGAGGAGAGAGUUCUUGAGGGUGGAAAACACCAGCGGUUUGUUUUGUUCAGAAUUGGAAUGCAACUCUGGUUUCUGUUGGAACCCACUCAGCACCCUGUUAGCUGAAUUUGAAGAGAGUUAUUUUUACAAUCGCUAAAUUCUUGCAGCAAUGAAAGAGAUAGCUUAAGCAGCAGUUUUGCUUAAUUUGCUUGUCCACCCUAGCCGAGAUGGAGAACCGUCUCCAGCCCUUUAACUUGUAUUUGCCAUUCCAAUUGGUGGUUUGGCGUUGUGUCGAAUUCAUCUAAAAUUCAUCCUUUUCUUGUUCCUUUCGGUUUCAAAAGUUUAUGCGCAGUCCAAAAGCAACUUCAGCCCUUUUUAUUUAUCAGGCAGCUGAAGCUCCAUUGGGCCAUGCAGUCCACAACCAGUUACCAGACGAAAACACCAUCUUAUUGGCCCACCGAGACCAUCAACCUGGUUUAAACUUGGGGCCAUCUUUGAUAACGUGUUAAAAUCUAA